AUGUGCACGAUUACGUCACUAAUACUGUCCAGCUUAUACGCUCUUACGGAUGGGGUGAGGAACCUGGGCCAUACACGCACCCAAGACCAACCCAAGACGCACCGCUCUAGGGCUCGAUGCAAAGCAACGACGAGACAACGGAAGAAGGGAAAAGAAGUGGAAAAAAAACGCAAAUCGAGUGAAAUCACGACUGCCAGUGUACUGGUCGAUCUUCCAGAGGGGUGGAAGGAGAAGCUUGUCGCACUCGGGCCUGACUCCCUUGCCAAGGUUCUUGCAGAACUUGCCAACGACGGGCAGAUCACUGCCUCUCAAAUAAAGAAAGCAAGACACAACCUGCCAUCGUUCUCGUCCGCAAAAUGGAGUGACCUUGCACCCCAAUUCAAUCUUGGCCCUAAUCUUUCAGACAUCAAUUUUGACAAAUUCUACAUUCCUUCUUUUUUCCUCCCACCUUCUUUUCAUGAACCUGCUGCCGAGACGGCGUGGUGCAUUCAAGAUGUGUACCAAGAACGACCUGAGCAGUUGAGAGAACAAGCGCGAGUUAGAGUCUUUGACGCGUAUCUCAUACCCAUCGUCUCUUUAUUCCAUGGUCGGGUUGUUAAUACACCGGAACACCCAAUGGCAUCAACAGCUUACUCUAGCGGAGGUGAGGUUGAGCACGAGCUGUUCAUGAUUGGGGGUAUUUUGUUCUUCGUAGUCGAAUUAAAGCUACGAUUACAAAAGGGCGACAACGUUGCGCAAUUGUUUCUUGAGCUCCUCUCUCAAAUGAAUAACGAUGCAAAAUUUGAAGGCCUGCGUGUUUAUGGUUUACUUACCGACAUGGAGUCGUUUCACUUUUAUUCAUAUGAUCCAACCGAAAAAAAGUUCGCUUUUGAUGAGACGCUGCGGGCGAACACCACAAGAGAGCUUUUCAUUGAGGAUAUGAUAAAUGUGACGAAUAAAGUAUUCAGCGUUAUCUUACAUGCAUACACUGAAGGCCUUCAGGCCAUCGUCAAAAAGAGUCAGGAGAGGUCACCUGUGUCACAUAUUGGUUCCUCGGUCAUUCAGCAACGGAGGGGCGUUCGCACUGGUGACAAUGUAAACCAGAAGGAAACAAAUUGUGCUCAUGACACUGAUGGUUGCAUAAGGCUUCUAGCUCAGGGACCGGUUUUGGUGCUCGUAGAUCGACUGCAAACUGGGACACUGCCUUCGCCUUGGCCAAUGAAUGCAUGGAUAAGUUCAAGGAGCCAGUUAGUACUGUUGAAGAGGUUGAAAAACAGUCUUGCGACGCAAUUGCAUUACUGA